UGUUCCACACUUUAUAGCCUGUGACUGCCAUUGUAUAGCAGAAGUGAUAUAGUGUGAGGCCGCACGAGCCCAUCCAGUGCAGCACCUGAUACCUGACACAUCCAGGAUACACAAUGCAGGCUCCGGGCUGCGUCCUCCUCUGCCUCUUACACCUCACAUCAGCACUGACGGAGGAAGAGAAGACAAUCCUUGUGGAUAAACAUAACUCCUAUCGCUCUCAGAUGGACCCGCCGGCUGCAGGCAUGGUUAUGUUGCGCUGGGACACGACCCUGGAGAAGCUGGCCACCUCUUAUGCUGCUAAGUGCAUCUGGGAACACAAUGAAGAGCGCGGCUUCAGAGGCGAGAACCUCUUUGUCAUGUCAGGAUCUCACCUGGAUGUGGAACUAGGUCUGGAUGACUGGCACCGCGAGCAGGACUACUACAACUUCACCACAAAUGUCUGUCAGGAAGGACAAAUGUGUGGACACUACACUCAGAUGGUCUGGGCCGACACCGAACGCGUCGGCUGUGGAGAGAAAUUCUGUGAAAAAGUUGAAGGAUUUGAUGAGCCGAACAUGCAUCUCCUGGUCUGUAACUACGAGCCGCCGGGAAACUUUGAGGGAGAAAAGCCAUACAAGCCUGGAGUGCCGUGUUCGGACUGCCUCCCAACACACACCUGCAGAGACUCGCUAUGUGCCGAUGAAGACGUAGAGCAGAAGGAAACAAGCACAACUAUCCGGGACACAACACAGUCCGAGAUGGUACCGGAGCCAACACAGUCACAGACAGAGCCAACACAGUCACAGACGGAGCCAACGCCAACACAGUCACAGACGGAGCCAACACAGUCACAGACGGAGCCAACACAGUCACAGACAGAGCCAACGCCAACACAGUCACAGACGGAGCCAACGCCAACACAGUCACAGACGGAGCCAACGCCAACACAGUCACAAACGGAGCCAACACAGUCACAGACGGAGUCAACGCCAACACAGUCACAGACGCAGCCAACGCCAACACAGUCACAGAUGGAGCUAACGCCAACACAGUCAGAGUUGGUGCCGGAGUCAACACAGUCACAGACGGAGCCAAAGACAACACAGUCAGAGCUGGUGCCGGAGUCAACACAGUCACAGACGGAGCCAACGCCAACACAGUUAGAGCUGGUGUCGGAGUCAACGCCAUCACAGACGGCGUCAACGCAGUCACAAACAGAGCCAACACAGUCACAGACGGAGCCAACGCCAACACAGUCAGAGUUGGUCCCGGAGUCAACACAGUCACAGAUGGAGCCAAAGACAACACAGUCAGAGCUGGUGCCGGAGUCAACACAAACAGAGGUAACUCCAGCGACAACAGAAUUGAAGUUGGCGGUGAAGCCAACGCAGACAGAGCUGUUACCAGAGACAACAGAGUCAGAGCUGAUGGCAGACACAACAGAGUCAGAGCUGAUGGCAGACACUUCCCAGAGUAACACAGAGCAUUUAGAGAGCAACUCACCCCAAGACAAGAUAUUUACAAAGGUUAGUACCUCCCCACCCAAAAUAGAAGACUCAACAGUCUCAAUGAGCUCAGCUUCUUCUCAAGACAUUACAACAAAGAGCACAAGAGACAAAAUAUUUCCCCAUUAUAGACCAAGUGUAUCCCCUACAACUGAGAGAGAAUUAGUUCCACCUGUCACAAUUAUCCCUCCACCAUUACUCUCCAAGAGGCCAUUAGCUGAGGACACUUUAACAUUAGCAGACAAAGAUCAUCAAGUAGAACCAAGAGACGACCCACUUCAAGCGGUUACAACAGCUGUAACCCUCGGAUCAGCGCUGCUACCAUCUCAUCUGAAGGAUGAUGACAAAGACAGACUGGAAACAAAGAAGCAACCCCUGGAUAAUGACCCAAAGACAACCCAAAACGUACAGAAGGACAAAACAACAAACAAACAAAGUCCAAACUCAGUAUUGUACCCCGCAAAGACUCAUCUGAGACCAAAUAUCUUAUCCAAAGCUCUGAGAUGGAACCUGAAAUCACAGACCUCAGAGCGAACAUACUUUGGCAAACAUGUCUACAAGCCACACUUUGUGCAGCCGCAUAGGGUAAUCUGUCCAUACCCGUGUCUCAGAGCAGUGGUGUCUCCUCUUUAUCGCACAAAGCAUGUAUCACCCAUGGCAGGACUUAUGGCAGCACCCAUGGCAGCACCUUUGGCAGGACUUAUGGCAGCACCUAUGGCAGGACAUGACAAGCCAGGCCGGACAGUCACUAAUCCACUCACCAAGCAGCUCUGUAAACGCUUUGGAUAUAAGAGGGGCAUGUACAGCUUGUAUCUGCCCAAAACUGGAUCAUCCAACAAUAUUGAAGAGAACUUAGCUGGCUUAGACAAACAGUUGCAAAGACAAAUCAGGUUUUGAAAAGACAAAUUUCUCUCUAUUCUAUGGUCCUUCUACAUGCAGCAAGAAGCCUCCGUGUGGGCAACAACAGUUACAACAAAGCACACUGAGUAUUAUAGGCCGUGGCAUUGAUUUUCAUAUGUGUGGCAUACAAGACUUUACCGUACAUACACAACUAUCACCCUUGGCAGCAAGGCUUGGAGUUGUUACAGCAAUGGCAGAAACCAAUUCAUGAUCUUAUAAUAAAUGACUUUGGAGGGCAUGUAUAACAUGCUUAAAUAAUCUGUAAUUUUAAUCUGUCACUGUAUCAUUAGCCGUUUCCCGGCUCUUUAGAAUCAAUAACCUGGUGACUGGCACUGGAAAGAUCUGGUGACUGGCGCUGGAAAGACCUGGUGACUGGCACUGAAAAGACCUGGUGACUGGCACUGAAAAGACCUGGUGACUGGUGUUGUAAAGACCUGGUGACUGGCACUGAAAAGACCUGGUGACUGGCACUGAAAGGAUCUUGUGACUGGCACUAAUGUGCUGCACUUUGUGUUUGGAUUGAUCUACUAGACUGUGUUGCCUUGAGUUCAUAAUUUAGGGUUAUCACAAUACUCUCAUAUCACCGUAAUGAAAAUACAGUAUAAAUAAUUUCCAUAGCCUGUAACUACUGUACAUAAUUCACUUCUGUGUGCCCCCAGCAUCCAGUAAAGGAUCCGCUGAUGUUCAUCCUUCGUUCCAUAACUUGGAGCCCACUAUAAAAUGUGCUGUUUUAUGACUAAAUAUUGUCCCUGUCUUUCCCACAAUGCUUUGUUGUCUUCCGGUAAUGGGAUUCUAAAUAAUGGUUCCUGUAACUGUGAUUAUAUAAAGAAUGGAUCCUAUAUUUGGGUUUAAAUAAAUAAUGGUUCCUAUAAUUAGGUUUAUAUAAAUAAUGGGUAUAUAUAGACCUAAUUAUAUAAAUAAUUAGGUCUAUAUGAAGAAUGGAUUCUAUAAUUGGGUCUAUAUAAG